ACGUAUUUACCACGUUGCUGUGCAUGUAGAAUUGCCAGCUUACAUAACAGCUAGUCAGUUUACGUUCGCGUUUCUUCAAAAAAUUGUAUAAUAAUUCAUUAUGAUUGAUUAUAAAAAUUUAAUUUGAAUCGAGAAUCGUUCAUUUCGAUAUUACCUAUGUCAGUUUUAAUCUCCGGUGUCUUCGCGUUUAUUUGAUCCAAAAAUGAGGAAUUUCUUCAAGCACGUUACAGUCGAGCCAUCGCUCUUCAUCUACUUCCUGCUGUACGAUUGGAUGGAUGGUUUUCAUACGAAUUUAUUUCUUCAAAAAACAUGCCGAUUUAACCAGACCUUUGAACCUGAUCUCAAUACGCCAUGCGAUGACGAAACACGAGGAACUUUAUUCAUAUCGGAAAUCAGCUCGAAAUACCGUUUCGUAGUCGCUUUGUCGAGUAUCCUUAUAAAAAUUCUGGCCACAUGUUGGAGCGACGAAGCCGGCCAGAGAAGAAGACCUCUCAUAUUUAUGCCAAUGGUAGGACAAAUCUUUAUUGCAUUAUCGGGAUGUUUGCAUUCGUAUUUUUGGCCAUGGUCUUCGUACACAGCUGUGAUAUCUUGGGUGAUACUUGAAAGCAUUACUGGAGGGAUCUAUUUAAUGUUGACGGCUUGUCAUAUAUACGUUUGCGAUGAACAGGAUGCCAAAAACCGUACCAUGAAACUAGGAUUUAUAGGUGCAAUCGAAACGAUCUCAUUGGUAUUGGGCAAAGGCGGAUCAGGAUUCAUUUUACGUAGCUUUGGGUUUUUCUAUUCGUAUUUGAUGUGUUUUGUUUUAUCAGUGAUCUCGUUAAUUUUUGGAUUCGUUUUUAUCAAAGAUACAUCUGUCCCGGUUGAAAAAAAGACAGCUCUGUAUCAUAUUUUAAAUUUAAAACGUGUCAUAGCAAAUAGUUUUAAAAUUGUGUUCAAUAAAAAUUUAGGGCGUAAGCGAAUUAUUGUCUUAUUACAAAUUAUAGCCAAUGUUGCAGUUUACUUUACGAUGUUUGGAGAAUUAUCGGUAUUGUAUCCGUAUCUGAGAUACAGAUUUAGUUGGGACGAACGUCAAUUCAGCACGUUUUUGUUGUAUCGAUUUUCACUAGCAACUGUAGGUAUAUUAUUCUGCUCGAUAGUGCUGAGCAAAUGCUUAAAAGUUCACGAUGGAUUGAUCGGUAUCUUGGCUGGAUCUUUUGACCUGAUUGCGAUAGUUGCGUUGCUCUUUGCCUCGCAAAUUUGGCAAAUUUAUUUGAUUCCACUAAUGGAUUUAUUUCAUGGCACAACGCUGUUUAUUUGCAUAUCGUUUAUGAGCAAAUAUUAUAAUGCCAGUGCAUUGGGUAGACUGAACGCUGUGAAUGGAGCACUAUCAGUAUUGCUACCUCUGAGCUUCCCAGCUUAUAAUACUAUUUACCACGAAACUUUCGAAACUUUUCCAUCCGCAUUUUGCCUUCUGAGUGUUGUACUAGAUAUAGGCAUCAUCCUAUGCUUUUGUGCAUCUUAUUUCCUAGAUAAAAAAUUAGACUCAGAAAAACCUGUAGGUGUUCAAGAUGAAACACGUGACAUGUUACGUAAAAAUGGAACGAAUGAUACUAUUAAAUAGCAUCUAAAUAAUACCAAGCUAGCUAUUCUUAUUUAAUCGACGUAAAAAUCUACCUGUAAUUAGGUACUUGACGUAGGUACCCAAUUGAAGAAGUUGAUAACUUGUUUUGUAAAUACCUGGAUACCUAAUUUUUGAUCAAUGUUUUCUACUAGGUAAGCAAUAUAUUGUGAACCGAUUUUAUCAAAAGCGUAAUAAAAGUAUUUUUGAGCUCU